AUGCAAGAUUUGUGGCUUGCAAAAAUCGACUGGGACGACGAUGUCCCGCAAUCAAUUCAAGAAGAUUGGGAACGUUAUUGCUAUGAGCUUCCCGAUCUCUCAAGCUUAAAAAUUCCUCGCUGGAUCGGACUAACCCAAUCUCACUGCGCGAUGGAACUACACGGCUUCGCAGACGCUUCGCAACGCGCGUAUUCCGCAGUCGUCUAUUUACGCGUUCUAAAAUUGCCAACCGACACUUCAGUAUCGUUAAUCGCGGCAAAAUCUAGAGUCACGCCGUUAAAAACCGUUGCUAUUCCAAGACUAGAAUUGAACGGAAUAGUAUUGCUCGUUCGGCUUCUCGAGUACGUACGGGAAGCUCUCAAAAUCGAAAAAAUUCCGGUGCACGGCUGGACCGAUUCCACCGUCGCCCUUUCCUGGCUUACGCAGCAUCCGUCGCGUUGGAAGCCCUGGAGCAAACUUCUCCGCGUCACAGGCUUAUUAUUUUUCUGGCUCAACAAAUUUCGAGCACAAAAACGCGAUCCGAAUCGCGUACCCCCAGCGCAUUUUACCGACAGUGUCCAAGCCGCGCGCGAUUUUUGGAUACGAAAAAUUCAAAACGAACAUUUCGCCGCGGAAAUUCGCGCCCUACAGGAAAAAGAGCCACUGCCUCGCGCGACCGAUCUUAAAGCUCUCAACCCUUUCCUCGACGGAAAGGGCCAGUUGCGUCUUGGUGGGCGGUUGCGCCACUCGUUCUUAUCGUAUGACGAGCGCUAUCCGCUGAUUUUACCGCGUCAUCAUGUCAGCGAAUUAAUUAUCGACCAAACGCACUCGCGAUCAUUACACGGCGGUCCACAGCUGACCCUUCGUCUCUUACGACAAAAUUAUUGGAUUCUCGGCGCGAGAUCCCUCGUCAAAUCUCGAAUAAACCGAUGUUUAAACUGUGCUCGCGAACGCGCAGUCUCUGCCAGUCAACUCAUGGGCGACCUUCCGUCCCCACGUGUCAACCCCUCGCCGCCAUUCUCUCAUUGCGGCGUGGACUACGCUGGCCCAUUUCACAUUACUCCGUUUGUCGGACGCGGACAAAAAUCGCGCAAGUACUACGUUGCACUGUUCGUAUGUCUCGCAACACGCGCAGUUCAUCUCGAAUACGUCGACGAUUACGCGACUUCCGGCUUUAUUGCCGCUUUUCAACGCUUCGUAAGCCGGCGCGGUCUUCCCUCCGACAUGUACAGCGAUAACGGUACGAACUUUCAAGGAGCCGACAAUGAACUACGUCGCGCUUUCCUUUCUACACUUAAAAAUCCCGAUUUACAUGCAAAAUUCGAAACGGACGGGAUCCGCUGGCAUUUCAUCCCCGCUUCCGCGCCUCAUUUCGGCGGCCUCUGGGAAGCUGGCGUCAAAAGCUUCAAACAUCAUUUGAAAAGAGUUGUCGGCACUCACACGCUUUCUCAACUCGAAUUUUCCACGUUAUUAUGCGCAAUCGAAGCGUGUUUAACUUCACGCCCCCUCGCGCCUUUGAGCGACGAUCCGGACAAUUUCGACGCGCUCACUCCGGGUCAUUUUCUAAUCGGUAGACCCUUACUUAGCGUACCCGAGCCAUCGCUGCUCGAACUCAAUGAAAAUCGUUUGUCUCGCUGGCAAAAGGUCCUCGCCAUGCGCGAACACAUUUGGAAGGCCUGGAGCCACGAUUAUUUACAUACGCUACAGCAACGCGCAAAAUGGCAAAAAGCAUCGCGAUCUGUGCAAGUCGAUGCACUUGUCCUAUUAAAAAACGAGCAGCUCCUCCCGUGCCGCUGGGAGUUAGCCAGGGUUGUCGCUACCCAUCCGGGCCCCGAUGGUUUCGUGCGCGUCGUCACAUUGCGAACCGCGAAGACCCAGCUCAAGCGCCCUAUCGCUAAAGUCUGUCCCCUUCUGCACGCGAGCGAUUCCGCGUAA